AUUAUAGAUUAGGAAUGGGAAAACCCCAACUAGCGUUUCCUGAAAACGAAACGACAGCACAAUGCACAAUGAUAUGGAUAAUUUUAUAAAUAAAUUUGUGUAAGAAAACACAAAAACCAUUGUCAUGAUAUUGUGAUGUUGUUACGAAGAUCUAAUAUUCAAAGACUAAGAAAUUAAAGUCUGGUGUCAAGGAUUCGUAAUCAUCGACAGGAGAUCUUAGUCAAUUUUGAUAUGAUACAACCUGUGCAGUAUUGUUAUGUUGUUUACAUCCACAUUUAGCAAUACUGUGAACGGUAAGCAAGAUGUUUGACUUUACUAUAACAAUGCACUGACUCAAGAAAAGUACAUUUUCUUAAGUGUAUUAUAUUUACUACGAAAAUGACGACACGAGAGGACAGACAGUGGAGCAUUGCUCAGCGAUUGUACGUUUACGAAACACAACCUGAUUUUGAUGUUCUUCCGAGAAGAGAGCGUGUGCUGUUUUUUCGGAACCUGAAACGCGACAUCGCAGCGGAAGCCGAAGAACUGUAUAAUGCCGCUUUUUAUGACAAUGCAUGUAUCCUCUUCACUAACGCUCUUCGCUUCACACAAGACCUACUUGCCUGUGGUGAUGAUAUACGGUUUAAAGACGACAAACCCUUGCUAUUUAAACGAAUACAGUGCCUUCUCAAAAUGGGUUACUAUGCAGAUGCUGUUAAAGAUUGUGAUACAGUUCUCUCGCAUGAGCCAACCUACAACCACGUGAGAGUAGACAAAGCACAAGCACUGUUUGCACUGGGACGCCCCCAGCAGUGCAUGGCAACCUUGAACCAUUUCACCCCUCAGCAAAGGGAAAACAAUUCGCGUAUUGCAGCUCUUGUAGACAAGCUAAAACAAUUCGGUUACUAUUUUUGGGGUCCGGCACAAGAAGCAACCGAUAUUAGACACAAUAACUACCACAGUGUUGAUGAUAUUUCUGCAUCUUGGAAUUUGCAAGGAGCUAAACCAAAGUACACUAAAAAGAAGCAGAGUGGAAAGAAGAAACAGAAGGGAAAACAGAAGUUUAAAAAAUCCUCAAGCGGUUUUAAUGGAAAGAGAUCCGGUUCGGCCAAUGAUAUUUACACCGCAUCAACACGGAAAAGUGACGAAGAUGAUGACGAAUACGGUUCGGAUACUAGCAUAGCUAGUGAAAUCUCAGAAUCAGAGUUGGCUCAAUCUAAACUAAAGAAUUCACAAUCUGGACAAUGUUUUAAUGCAGGUCCAAGAGAAAUCUCUAAUCCAAUCCAAAUUCCUCUACCAUCCUCUGUGUCAGGGGCACACGGAGGUGGAAUCGAUUCCCUAGAUGAUAUUGACACAGGCGAUUGGUCUACCAAAACAAGAAGGCGUAGAAAUAUGUCUGGGCAGGGGUCACCGAAAAACUCACCAAAGAAUGGGUCGCAGGCCAACAACACAAGAGAUAAUACUACUAAUCACCACAUCCUUAGAGUUACAGAACAAGAUGUUAAUAAAAAUAAUGCUCCUCCAAUUCCAAACACUUCUUCAAACAACGCUCUUAUAUCUGAACCGUCAAAAAAAUGGGUCAAAGAUUUAAAUUUAAAACUCGCCUGUAGAAAUUGUUUUUCAAACACAUCCUAUUAUGGACGGAUCGGACAUGUAUACUUUGAGAAAAUGAAAAACCACAACUGUUUAAAAGACUUCUUAAUUUGCCCAGACACUGCAGCCAGCCAGAUAUUCAAGCGUUCUAUUUGGUGUCAAAUCCGUGAUCGUGUCAAAAAAAAUUUCACAGGACAAUACAAACUAUGCAAUUUCUAUCAAUCAGACAAACCAUGCAAGGUUCCUACAGAGUGCUGUAUAUUUCCACACACUAUCCAGGAAAUAACUGUCUGGAAUGCAGAAAGAAAUGGUGUAUUCAAUCGUAGUGAAGUUGUGCUUUAUCUGAAAUUAGACCCUGUUCGGUCGAAAAGUGGUGCAGCAAAUGUGGUUGCCGGAAGCCCAAACAUCAGACUUCAGUCACAGCGUGGUGUUGUUUUGACGCACAGCCCAGAAACAGCCGCCUCAGCUUCCGGGUUUCACCAACCAGGCACGACAAUGUUUGAAGCACAGCCCAUUUCAAAUAACGAAAAACCUAAAUCUGCUGAUCGUGACCAGCAACAUCAUUCUAAUUCGCCGAUAUCAUUUGGUACCUCCCAAGUCUUACAACCUAGGACAGCUUCACCAAAGAUCCAGACACACAAGACUUCAACUACCCAUCUUCCUCUACCGACACCACGAGUGCCCUCAAGCCCCUUCGCUAAGCCUACUACUAAACCAAAUAUAAAUUCAAAUUCGGCUCAACAAUUUCCUUUAUUAGGGUCACCGAUAAAUGGCCGCCAAUCAACUCACGUGCCAAUUAUACAUGAACAGCGUACGUUCAAAGUGGAAGGUCGUCAACUUUUAUUGGAUCCUUCAACCAAAGAAAACCAGCGCCUAAAAGCUGCCAGUCAUCAGUCGACAUUGGUCAGUGCUCUUCUCAGUAACGUGAAAGGAUGUUUCACUUAUAUAUGCCAACAGUGUCUUUAUUCAAAGCCACCUUGCAUAAGCUAUCAAAACAGCAGUGAUCCUGGUUAUUGUGGACACCACUUCUCAAGACAUCAAUGGUCUAAAUGUAAGAUAUUAGCCCACCAAAUAAUUGAAAACGGAAGGAUUCGGUAUUCGUUCAUACGGCCUAAGCUUCAAAACAACGUAGCAAAUAAGUGUCGACAUUAUUUCAGAGCGUACGGUUGCAGCAGAGGCGACACAUGUAAUUUUGCUCACGGUGUCAUAGAACUUGAAGUUUGGAAGUUGGAACGAACACAUGGUGGCAUUAAUAGAGACUUUCUUGUCGAACAUUGCCGAAUAAUGGCGCCAACAAUCAACCAUGCUGUUACACCCGUAAAAGUCUCAACACCAGAUGUCGCGCAAAAUAAACAACCGACAACCUGUCCGUUUACAUUGAAAUUUGUGUGUGGCACGUGUUGGAACCGUGGAGGGCAGCAACAAGAGAAAAGUUCUAAAAAUCCGAUGACAUGCGGUGCUGGGCAUACCUGGAAGGACAAGAUUUGCCUGAUGUUCAAUGAAUCCCGGCGAAAGUGGAGCAAAGUAAACGGGAGACAUCCAGAUCUUAGACCUAAUAUCACACCUAGUAUAUGUAAGAGAGAAGGGAAAUGUGACUACGGAAAUAUACAUGGAAAGCAAUGCAUGUUUUGCCACUCUGAAGAGGAACAGAAACUUUGGAUUUUCAUGGCAAAACACAAAUUCAAAAACUUAGAAGAGGUAGUUGAAGGCAAGAAGACCUCCAGUGACGAACAGAGACCAACCGGAACGGUAGAGCGCCUUCAACGUGUAUCUACUAUUUAUCAUUGUUCUUACUGCGAGAUGAAUUUCAAUUCAGUGGAACAUCUUAACUACCACGUUAACACACUGAAGCACAAACAAUGUGUAAACUCUGAUACGGAAAGGAGUUGGAAUCACCGGAGUCCACCACUUGACGUGGUAAAUGGUCGUUACGUCAUGUGCGAUAGACACAAAGAAAAUCGGUGUCCGUACUCUGAAGCAGACCCAGCUAACAACCCCUGCACUGAGGCCCACAGCGAAGAAGAGUUGGAAGAGUGGAAAGAGCGCCACCAAUAUCGAAUCAUGAAAAGACACAAGGCCAUGAAGAGCAAACUCUUCUCAUUCAUGGACGAACUAUUGCUUAAGUACAACUUAUCGACAUCUGAAGUUACAGUGAUAACCGAGAAAGAGUUGCCAGGAAUUCGGAUUAAAUGUGAAGAGAAGCUCAACUCAUUUAUUAGUGCUAUUGAACGGAAUGCCGAUAGGCCUAAAGAGUUUCAUCAAUCUUGGACAUUCGAGGUGGAGUGUGUCGAUGGAGAAAAGAGAUUAAAACGUGUCGGGUUGCUGUAUGACGAACAUCGUCUUCACUUCUUCUUAUCACAUCCACAAGGUGAAGUUAGUCCGCAGGUUUGCCCAGGAAGUAUGAUUGCAGAUGGAUAUACAUACAGUAUUGAUGUGAAGUUUAACUCAAACAUGCUCGGAAGCUUUCACCAAUGGGUUGUGUUUGACUUCGGGAGUGAGCCAGUCUUGGUUCGGAAACUUUCGAUUCAUGUCGGCGCUGAGGAGGAUCGGCCUAAAUUUAUGAAACAAUUAAGUGCUAUUGAGUCUACCAUCAUUUGGGACACAAGCAACACGGAGAUAUUGCGCCCGACCAUACCUGAACCGUUUGAAGAAAGUCUCUUCCAAAAAUACAAACCACCGAGCGCGAAUCUAAAUAUUGAUGAUUUGAAUGUAGGUAUACUAAGCAAAGAGAAUUACAAACAUAGAAUGCACAAAAUGGUGUCUCUGGAAGAAAGAGAUAGGAUGAAAACAAUCAACAGGUUCAAUACAAUAACUGAGAUGUAUAUAAGUAAAGACAUCACUAUCGAAUCUUAUGCUGGUUCCGAGUUAUUUAUCGCCCAAAAUGGCGAACUCUAUGGGAAAAUUGUGCUAACUGAAACUCUCAACUGUGAUUCUGAAUCCAGUCAACUGAUCAUGGAGUCAGUGAAGAAUAUAUUGUGCAAAUUUGAUUCCAAAUCGAAUCAGGCUCAUGAACUUCAAAUCGUGUCCGAUGAGACGAUCGACGGUCGGACAAAAGACCACAUAUACGUACAUCUGUACGCCUCUUGUGUAAAGGAUCUCAAACUUGAAGUGGGCACUACGAAAACAAUCGAAGUUCAAUUCCAGCUUAACCGGUUUCCUUUCUGCCAAAUGCACUUCGCCAUUGAUAGUUUGGAACAUAUGGAAGCAGUUUUACCAACCCCUGGAAACACACUUGAUAUCCCGAUAAAGGGUGAUAGAGAAGACCAGGAGCUAAAUUGGCGUCAGGAACAAGCAAUACAGUACAUGUGCUUAGCGGGAUCUUCAAAGGUCCAAGGACCACCAUUAGUCAUUUAUGGUCCGUUUGGCACAGGCAAAACCCUGACUAUGGCAACAUCAGUGAAGAGAAUUCUUCGUAGACAUGAUACAAAAGUUUUGAUUUGCACAAUGUCAAAUAGUGGAGCAGAUCUAUACAUCAAGGAGCAUUUAAAUGAGUAUCUCGAAACGUACUCAAAGGAUGGUCCAAAACCAACCCUCUUGCGUGUAUAUCAAACAAAACGACGUCUCAAGACCAUCGAUCCCGUCGUUAGAAAAUAUUGUCUUAUCGACGAAAAAACACUGAUGGUCACUUUACCAACCAAAGAAGACGUAGUGAGAUCUCGUAUCGUCAUAUGCACACUCAAUAUGACUUUACAUUUAGCCAGACUAAAUUUAAAGGGUCAUUUUACGCAUAUACUGAUUGAUGAAGCAGGCCAAGCACUAGAAUCUCAAGCCAUCAUGCCAUUAACAAUGGCUGACUGGAAGACAUGCAUAGCUAUUGCUGGAGACCAUAUCCAAAUGAGUCCAAAGGUCUAUUCUGAGGUGGCGCGUAUUGGUGGAUUCAAUAUAUCAAUUCUUCAGCGUCUGUAUGAGCAUUACCGCAAUGCGCAUGAUAACAACAGCAUUCUUCUUCAUUUCAACUACCGAACGUGUCAAGAGAUUCUAUCAUUCGUCUCGGAUAUGUACUACAAAACAAAGCUGAUUUCAAAGAAGACCCAUCCACCAUGUCCCAAUAUGUACCCAUUAUCUUUUUACGCAGUGAGGGGUCAAGAUCAUUUGGUGGGGACAUCAUAUUUGAAUAGAGAUGAGGUUGUGGAGCUUGGAUUCAGAGUGGAGGACCUUUGUCGUAACUGGCCAUCCGAAUGGGGAGAGACAAUAGACAUCGGCGUUGUUACACCGUACGAUUCCCAGGUUCGUGAAAUUCGACAAGAACUCAGAAGACGCAAGUUAAAUCACGUUACAGUUGAAGGUGUCCGAAAUGUACAAGGUAAAGAAUUUCGAGCUCUGUUUAUCAGCGUCGUGCGAACUAGGCUGACAUUGGCGAAGACUCAUGUUACUGCUAAGCAGAAUGACCCAGAUGAAAGUGCAGAAUUUUAUUACGGGUUUCUUUCGGAUGAAAAGUUACUAAACACUGCAUUUACACGUGCUAAAUCUCAUUUGGUGAUUGUUGGAGAUCCUAUAGCGAUGUGCUCCAUUGGACGUUGUUCAAAGGUUUGGGAAAAGUUUCUUCAGCGAUGCGAGCGUCACAAAAGUCUGUAUCCACAUGACAUCACCCUCCAGAGAAUACGUGGAGAGAUUGAGGCAGUGAAAACACUGAAUCCAUUUGCAGCUCCAUUCAAACCAAUGGCGAACACUGGAAAGCGUGACAACGAACAUCCUCUUGGUAUUUUAAAACAGUUUAACGUAGCUUCAACAAUACCAGAACCGUCGUAUUGGCAGAAACUAUCUGACACCUUACCAAAGAGGCAGAUUAGCGAGGAUUACCCUCCAUUAUCCACAAUAGACCAAGUAGAAGAUGAAACCUACGUUAGUGGUGAUUUUACAUUUUUCCCACCAAAGGUUGGCCUGAUUCAGGAGUCCGAAGAAUGGCAGUCAGAAGAUGAGGAAGAAAUCGAUAUUAAAAAGAUUGAUGAUUCCAUUCUGAAGGAGCUAAGGAGGCACGUUUUACAAGAAAGAAAGUAUGACACAACCUUUCAAACUGACGUUGACGUUGAAAAAAGUGAUUCUUCAUCAGGCUUAAAUGAGGCUAAAGUAAAUAACGAAAUGCCGCUCAAGAAUAUAGAAGGUUUAACUGAAGAUAACAGAGGUGAUAGUGAUGAUAAAGACAAUGAAAAUGAUCUUCAACUAAAUACUGAAGAAAUCCGAGUAGAGAAGCAUUUACUAGAUCAAAACAAAAAAGAUGAAUUAGAAGAAAUAGUGAAAAUGAUUUUCGUGCCAGAAAGAGAUCAAUCUAAACUGCAAGGGGCAGAUUUUUUUGAUGAAUAUGAUCCAGAUACAGACACAAGUAGUGAAGAAUUAGACCAAAAAGCCUCAGAGGAAAAAUACAAACCACUUCUUGAAUCAGAACCUGAGAAAUAUAAAAGAUGUAAAUUCCACCUUGAUGUGAAAGGAAAGGUAUAUGCCACAACAUUAGAGGACGAUGUGCCAGGCAUCAUCUUUAUUAUGAGUAAGCAUAAUAGAGGACGGGCUUUAAACAACGAUGAGGUUAUUGUAGAAAUCCAGCAAAAUGAAGACGUUCUUGAGGAAGUCGACAUUAAACUAUCGGAAAUUAAGCCAGAAGAUGAAAAUUUGAACGACAGAAUAUAUGGCCGUGUUGUUCAUGUCCUGAGGAGAGCAACAGAUCCAUAUUUAUGUAAGAUAGUCUGUACUUUAGAUCCUUUUAGCAACGGCCUUAUGGUACCCGUCAACAGAACAUUCCCAAAACUGUGCAUGCCUAAAACGGAAAACAGAAACACGUCAUCGGUUGAGAAUACCAUUGUUGCAAUUUAUAAUCUAAAUAAAGAUGGCAAAUUUCUUUUUGACCGAAAUGUCGAGGUCACUAACAAAGAUCGCCGACACAGACUAUUUGUUGUACGAUAUUGGAAAUGGCCCAGCAAAAUGCACUAUCCUUUGGGAUUUGUUACGGAGGAGCUUCAGCCGGGGAAUACUAUGAAGCAGGGCCUUCAUAUUCUCAAACUCGUCCACGGUGUUGAAGAUACCUGGAGGCGUAAAGUUCGAGAGGAACUCGACGAUAACUUUCCUGAAGCUUGGACAAUUCCAGAUGAAGAGAUAAAAAAGAGAAGUGACUUCAGAGACCUCGAAACAUUCACUAUUGAUCCCAAAGAUUGUCAGGAUAUCGAUGAUGCAAUUAGCAUUCGCAAACUUGCAGACGAUCGUUUUGAAAUUGGGGUUCAUAUUGCAGAUGUGAGUUUCUUCGUUUCAAAAGAUUCAUUGCUUGAUAAUGAUGCUCAGAAGAGAGCGACAUCAUACUACCCGGCGUCUGCAGCCCCUAUCAAUAUGCUGCCAAAAAGACUCAGUAAUGACCUGUGCAGUUUAAAACCUGGACAAGAUAGGUUAGCUAUAUCUGUGUUUAUGGACAUCAAUAAAGAUGGUCUGCAUUGUGCCAAAAAUACUAAUUGUACAAAGAUUACUAAAACAGUUAUUAGGUCCAAAAGAAAAUUCACAUAUGAGGAGGUCGAAGAUGUUAUUUACAAUCGACACGAGACAGAUAUUAAGCGAUCCAUUGUUGAUGGGCUUCAUAAAUUAAAUGAAUUAGCCCAGAAAUCUCGCGCUGCUAGGUUGAAGGACGGUCGAUACAGUUACAAUGUAGAUGAUGGCGAAGAAGAUGUACAUUCUCCUCUUGCACAUUCACUCAUUGAGGAGUUUAUGAUCCUUGCCAACAAAGCCAUCGCCCAAUAUUUGAUUGGUAAGUUUCCACAGUGCGUACCACUAAGGAGACAACUCCCACCAGAUCCUGAAAAGUUACAAGAAUUUCAAUUGAAACACUUGGCUGAUAUAAGAAAUAGUAAACUGAUGUCAGGAAAGUUUCAGGAUUACAUAGAUAAAUCACAGUGUAACUGUAAUUAUGGUUGCAUUUGUGGCGCAGAAAACAACACUAUUACCAUGCAGACAAGAGAUUGGAACCAGUUAGUUACCAUAGUCAAUGACAUCGAGCAAGGUACAGAUGCCAGUCCUGCUGACAUGAUGAAAAUAAUUAGCAUAAUCUGCAAUGACAAUAGACAUCCUAAGCUAUCUGUGAUGAUGACACAUUAUUAUAUGAUACAGGAAAAAUCAAAUUACAUCUGUUCCGGUCAAAGCAUAUCUGGUGGUUUGGACCUAUGUCAUCACUCUCUUGAACUUCAUUUCUACACUCAUUUUACAUCUCCCAUAAGACGCUAUAUCGACAUAGUCGUCCAUCGUCUUAUCGAAGCGGCCAUCAAAGGAAAGCCUAUACCAUAUACGGAGGAAGAUAUCAGUUCAAUAUGCUACCAUUCGUCAAUUGAGUCUUCAAAUGCGAAGGUUUUCGAGAAAAAGACCAAGACAUUAAUGAUGGCUCUGCAACUGAAAGAUGUGCCACUGGCAUAUUUACCUGCUCUGGAACAAACAUCAGAUAGACGUAUAAGCUUUGUUUUUCCAAUUUCUUUCAUGCCAACCACUCAAAGAUCCGUAGGCCUAAAUUAUCUAAAACCUUUAAGAAGACCAGAUGUUAAUGAAGAUGAUAACUCCAUUACCUUAAUAUGGAAACAAAGAAUCUAUGAUGCCAAAGCUCCACCAGAUGAAGUUCUACCUAAAAAAAUGGACAAUUCCAUAUGGGAACUUGAUACACAACGUUUUUCUGUGACAUUUAAUAGUGAUUUGUGGAAAGACCUGCUUUCUGGGAUUGAAGACGAAGAUAUUCAUCAAAUUCGUGCUGCAAUGUACUAUGCUGCACUUGAAAUUGACAAUGCUGAAAAAGAAAAGAAGAAAAGGAAUUUAAUAACUAACCAGGAUGGAAAAUUGGUCAAAAAGGAGAUUACAUCGGAAAUCCUAGACAGACAUGGAAACCGUCGUCACUUUGUUGAGUUCCAAAGAAAAUAUGCUAUGGGAAACUUAGUGGAAGUUAAACUGUCAGCAGGUUUUGAGAGAGGGCUCCUUGAGCCAAAGAUACAACUGUUCAACUUCACUCCUGAAUUAGACAUAUGUCUAGAACAUCGGUCUGAGCCCAUUACAUGUUUCUCUCAGCUGGCAACCAAGAAACUCAGAGGUACAAAUGUUAUAAGCACCUACAAGGAACGUUGGCAGGCAGUUCUGUCAAUGUCAUCAGCGUUCAAUGCUGUAUCAGAAGAUGACACUAUCAUCAUUCGAAAUGUCUCAAUUGUUUGGUACUCUGAUCAUGAUGAUUCAGACAAUAAUUUCUACCAUGGCGUAUUCAGGCUACCAAAAACAUUCUGUACAGAACGCUCUAUAAGAUUUAAUGGUAUGAUCUUGAAUAAAGACCCCAGUGUCCAAGAUGAGGAGGGUUGUCAUGAUUAUCUCUGUGUACGCUACCCUGGCCUUGAAGUUCCACCAAGCAGUCUAAGCCGAAGUCGCUCUGAUGUCAAAACUACAUGGGUUGGUCAUUGUUACACUACCAAGGUCUGUGAGGACGAGAGCAAAAAAUCCAUAGAAAUUUAUGUGAGACUAAACCAGUCGACCACAGAGCUUCCCCAGAGUGUACUUCAUCCAAAGCCGGGAAAGCAUCCACUUUGUACGAUUGAGCUUAUUCCAAAGGGGAUGUCAGAUGUUAAACAUUUCACUGCUAAAUUGCUUCCAAAACUUGCAAAGGAAGUAAAAGUUGGACAGAUACAAAAUGUAGCUUUACCGCCACCAAAUACAGUACAAAUACAGGCUAUAAGAACAGCACUUACCAGUUCAUUUACAGUUAUACAGGGACCGCCAGGAACUGGGAAAACGGUGACAGGAGCUCAGCUAGCAUAUUACUUUUCUGAAAUAAACAAGAAGGUCCCACCAACAGGCAAAGGUACUCCACAGGUUCUUUACUGCGGGCCAUCAAAUAAGUCAGUCGAUGUUGUUGCCGGAUAUUUGAAGAAGUUUCCCGAGCUUCCAAUUGUUCGAGUUUACAGCAAAAUGAUUGAGAAGAAAGAUUUUCCCAUUCCGUGGGAACAAAACAUUGGCUCAAAGACUGGAACAAGGGAUGUUUCCACAGACCCCAAUCAUGUAAACAUUGCUCUCCACCAUCUCAUUAGGAGCAAUAACAAUUCACAUGGUGCUGAUAUACGGAAUAUGGAGCGGAUGUUUAAUCGAACGCGAGGUGCUGAUAUACCUCCACAAGUGAGAAAGAAAUAUAAGGAUUUGAUAUUACUCGCAAAGGAAGAAGAAUUGAAGAAAUACCGAAUUAUCCUGGCAACCUGCAAUGCAGUUGGUGCAGAAGUAUUCAAAAAAUACUGCAGCAUCAUCCAGUGCAUCAUCGAUGAAGCAGGCAUGUGCAGUGAACCAGAGGCCCUUAUUCCACUUGUUAUGUGCUUGCCAUAUCAAGUUGUUCUGAUCGGAGAUCAUAAGCAGUUACGACCAAUAAUUACAGAGAAAAAUGCAGAGGAAUUUGGCAUGGGUAUUUCCCUCCUUGAACGAUACGAGAAAAAAGCCUUAAUGCUGACGUUACAAUACAGAAUGCACUCCAGUAUCUGUGAAUUUCCAUCAAGUGCUUUCUAUGACAACAAACUGGAGACUGCCGAUUCUGUUAAAAACCGCAAGGGGCAAAAUUUUACAUUCUGGCCUGCUGGUCCAUCUCGCCGGACAGUGUUCUGUCACGUGUAUGGCAAGGAGGAAACAUUGACAGUUAAGAGUGCAGAGGGCAACGAGCAAAGCAAGAGUAACCCACACGAGAUUUCUCAUGUUGUCCGGAUUGCUUGUAAACUCUUAGAAAAAGGCAUUAAAGCAAACAAUAUCGUCAUACUAUCUCAGUACCGUCUGCAGUGCCAACGAAUCAGAGAUGCCCUUAAAGACUGUGGAAAAGAAGACAUUCUAGUCUCGACUGUUGUUCUUAGCCAAGGUAGUGAAUGGGAUUAUGUAAUCAUGUCAACUGUAAGGUCUUUGCCACGAGUCGAAAUCGAAAAGAAACCAAGCAUCCGUUGGAUGAAGAUGAACAUGGGAUUCAUAAUUGAUGAGAACCAAAUGAACGUAGCAUUGACAAGGGCCAAACAGGGACUAAUAUUGAUAGGUAACCAAUACCUCCUUCAAGCUCACAAAACUUGGAAUGAAUUAAUUAAAAAAUACAAGGAAACAGGAUGCCUCAUUGAGCCUGCUUCAAAUUUCAAACCUUAAAACCAGUGUUGAAGUAGAGCUACCGUAAAUAUCAAUGGCAGCAUUUCAGCUAUGAAAAGAUCUGCUGUGAUAGGUAGACUGAUUUUCCCAAGAGACGAGGGCAGAUAUCCAGAUGUGGGGGGGGGGG